CACCCCGUCUCACCCUCACCGCAAACCAUUCCUCCUCAACAAACCUACUCGCAAGCCCUCGUAUACUUGGGAUUAUCUUGAAUCGUGUAAUCGUCAUCUAUGGCCAGAUUCCGCGUCCCAAGUCCAUCCACAGACUCGUCAGCUUUUGACUCGACGUCACAUGCAGCCACCAAUAUGCCGCCCGUCAAAAAAUUCAUGCAGAAACCCGUAAAGAUUAAGAAGGCUUUAGACGGCCUUGGACGGGCACGGGCUAAUGCAGGCAAAGCUAAAAAUGCCGCAAGUGCUGCAUAUAAGAAGGCACAGAAACAAGUCAACCACCAACAGAUCACCUGGACUUACGUAUUCGUCGGCAACAUUGAUCCAGGGGUUGACGAGUUUGCCCUCAAAGAGCACUUCAAAAAUUGCGGCGACGUCAUCUCUGCACAUAUCAGGUGCAGCGGCGGGAUAGCGAUGACGGUAAAACCACAGCCAGACUACUACAAAAAUCACAAGGUUCGCCAGUAUGGUGUCGUGACUUUCUCCGAUAAGAAGGCUGUCCGGAACGCCAUACUGUUGAAUGGCUCACAACUGGGGGGGGGUGAGAUUGUGGUCUGUCGAAGUGCUGGUGACCUCCCUGAGGUGAGGGAGAAAGUCCAGCAACGACUGGAUGACUUUCGAGCAAGGAAUGGGUUUGGCGACGCUCGCCGGGCCCGUAGAUAUGGAGUUAUGCCACUAAACUCUGAGCCGACUAUCUUGCUGGACCACGAUGCCAUGCAGAAUGAGAACAAGAAAUUCAAAUUAUUCGGGUUCUCUGUUCCUUUCGGCAUCAUGUGAUGAUGAUAGCUGCCUGGUUUCUGUUUUACGCGCCCUCCAGACAUACUAUCCUGUAUUCUAUUUCCUAUGCACCGAUCUGCGCCUACAACUGUAUGGUUAAUAUGCUCGGAUCCCUGUUUUCGUCGCGUGUGAUGGUGACAUCAAGCGCGUGCAGCCGGCUCGUCGCUUCCAGUGAC